UUUAGAGAAAGGCAAAGCAGACACCGCUUGAGUGGCGAGAAGAUCAUUCUGAAAAAGAUACCGCGCCAACAGGAAAGGACAGGUGAUAGCCAAUCAACUGUUUUUAACAUCACAGUGAAUGAAAUCCCUUCGCAACUUGUUGACUCACGUCUAACUUGAAAGAAAUUCUUCAAUAUCACUGAGGUCGCAUUCGAACUGACAAUCACGUUAGGAAACGUUGCAAAGGCACAAAGAUUUGGAUCCUAGCCGCGCAACCAGAACAUGUCUUCUCAAAGUUUGAAAGAGCAGACAACGAAGAGGUCAUCUAUUGGAGAGAAGUUUCAUGCCAAAUUAAGUAACGGGAAUCAAGUGUUCCCUACCUUGACUGAGACAAAUGAGGAACAGAUACCCUAUUCACAAUUAACGUUUGGAGUGGACGAAACAAAAUCCCCAUGGGCAGAGGCCGGAGCGUCAGAAGAGCAUCAUGGAAGUAUUGCAUCAAUACUUCCCCGAAAGCGACGAAGGUUUUUGAGCGAGUCAAACAUGAUGCGAAUUCUAAUUGCUGCAGCCCUAAUCCUUUCCGUCGCCAAUCUCUUCUUAACAGUUGCGCUCACCAGAAGAGAAGAGAAAGGUUGCACUUGCCAAAAAGACAGUGCCAAGGAGUUUAGUGGUCCAGAAAAAUUAAAAGGCGAAGGCAACAACCGAAACACCACCAACGAGGAGGAUAACACCGGAAUAGAAAAGCCCCCGGAAGCCGGGCCACCCGGACCUCCCGGUCCCCCUGGACCACCCGGACCUCCAGGAGAGCCUGGCCCGCAAGGCGGAAAAGGCGAUACUGGAGUACAAGGGCCCCGAGGACCACCAGGGAUUGGUGCCCCUGGCCCAGUGGGUGCUCCAGGGCCCAGGGGUUAUAAUGGGACUCAAGGACCAAUUGGACCUCCAGGUGUUAACGGCAAACAGGGCCCACCAGGUCCUCAAGGGCCAAUGGGACCCAUGGGCUUUAACGGCUCUCAAGGUUUGCCUGGGCCAACAGGCUUGGAAGGCCCCAGAGGCCCUCCCGGUGUCAACGCGACGCAAACUGGAGGAGGAGGUAUCGCCGGACCACCGGGUCCUCCUGGUCCACAGGGAAUUCCUGGGCCUGGAAAUAUGAGCCUCUGUCAGUACAAGAAUAAGAUAGAAGUCGCCCAGACAGCCGGGGAUUCAGCUAAUUCAAAAGUUAUUCUGCGAGAAGAUGAACACCCGGGGAUGAAGAUUGUUGCAGCUACUUGUUCAACGCACAGAGCUGCAGAGUACGUCUUUGGUGAUGCAAAAACUGACCCCAGAACAGGAACCAUUGCGUACAAUUGUCACUGUAGAGGAAAAUCACAACUGUUUCUUGGCGCAAACAUGCAGUGUGUUAUUCACUAUUGGAUCUGUCCAAUCAAUAGUUAAGAAACUACAUUCUUAACCAGCACAGUCAAACAGCGUUCGUUCUACAAAAUAGAGGACCAACUGUUUUAAAAAGGCACUUUCAUACCCCAGAUUUGAAAUCAGUAAGUUAAAGAUUUCAUUUAGAGCAACCCCUAUGUAGUGUAACAGAGGAUCUUUCAUUUGAUCGAGCAUCAUCCAGAGCAGUAGUUGAAUUAUAUCCGUGACUCUG